CGUAUGCCACAUCUAGCUAGAUAUAACGUUACCCGUUAUUUUCGUUUUAACCAGCUAGUGUAACGUUAGCCUACUGUUGAUUACCCAGAACCAGCAGCACAUUUACCGAGCUAACGGCUACCUUUUCUUGCCACAUUUUAAUUGUAUUCAUCUUGUUUUCGCACUUUCUUCUUUUGCUAGAUACCAUUGACUAGUACAGUCCUUUUCAGUUGAUGUGUUUGGCUAACACACAAAUUGACUGGUCGUAUGCGCCUAUUCUAGCUAGCUAGCUAGCCUAACAAAGUGCUGGGCGGCCACAUUCAGCAGGUCGGCGCAUAGGCAAUCACUAUCCUUCAGAAUAAUAGGGUGUUGUGGUGAUGUCCACAGUGGAUGGUACCAUGUGAAAGAUGAGCGUCAUGAAGCCCACACGCAAGGUCCUGUUUGUCUUGUGUCCCAUGCUGGUCUUGGGAUUCAUCUACUACUCCUCUGGAAAGCUGCACCUGCACGUGUGGGGCCAGAAACCAGCCGAAUCUUUCCCACAGAUAGAUUACUCCACAGUUGCCUUGACAGUGAGAACAGCAGGAGGGAGAGGUAAAACUAAGGCACCCACGCUCCGUCUGAAAACAGCCAAAGAGACCGUGGUGGAUACCCUAAACACCGAGGGACUCGUAGUAGGUCCAGGUCCAGUGUACGACAAGCAGGGGUUCUUGCUGAAUCUGGACGGAAAGCUGUCCCUGGAGCUCACCUACCACUACGGCAACCUCAGCGAGGGGGCCUGCAAGCCGGGCUACGUAGCGGCCAAGAUGACGGCCAUCUAUCCGAAGUUCACCAAGCCCGCGCCCAUGUUUCUCGACAAGAACUUCAAGCGUCUUGGCAAAGUCAGCAUUUACUCCCCUCCAUUCGGAUUCAAGACGCAAGAAAGAAUCAUAGACAUUAUUUUAACUGCAACAAAGAACUUUGGGCUGGGCCCAGAACUGGACAGUUUGAGUUGUAAAAAAUGCAUUAUCGUUGGAAACGGAGGCAUCCUCGCCAACAAGUCUCUGGGGACCCAAAUCGAUGACUACGAUGUUGUCAUAAGGUUAAACGAGGCGCCGGUGAACGGCUACCAGAAAGACGUGGGCUCCAAGACCACCAUCCGCAUCACCUACCCCGAAGGCGCCAUCCAGAAGCCAGAGCGCUACGAGAAGGACUCCCUCUUCGUCUUCUCCGCCUUCAAGCCUCAGGACUUCAGGUGGCUCCGGCAGAUGGUGUUCAAGGAGAAGCUGAGGGCAGAAGGCUUCUGGAAGUCGGUUGCUCACCACGUCCCCCGGGAGCCCUCGGAGAUGCGGAUCCUGAACCCGUACUUCAUCCAGGAGGCCGCCUUCCAGUUCAUCGGCCUGCCGCACAACAACGGCAUCAUGGGCAAGGGGAACAUUCCUACACUGGGCGCUGUUGCCAUAACGAUGGCCCUCCACAACUGCGACGAGGUCGCCGUGGCGGGAUUUGGUUAUGACAUGAACACCCCCACGCCCCCCCUACACUACUACGAGACCGUCAAGAUGUCGGCAAUCAAAGAGUCAUGGACUCACAACAUCUCAAAGGAGAAGGAGUUCUUGCGGAAGCUGGUGAAGGCCAGGGUGAUCGCAGACCUGACCAACGGCAUCUGAGGCCUGGCUGGGAUCGCCUUUUCCCAACGAACUGCCGAGCAGAAACGUUUGGGAGACACGGGCUCAGGCGGGAGGGGGCCCCGGAGGUCCCCGGCCCCACCCGCCCCCGCCCCGGCACCCCAUUCCCAGCUUUCAGGAGGCGGGACGGCCGUCUGAGAGAGGCCGGGGCCUCCUGGCCCACGCCGCACCCUCCACUGGGGCUCGGGGGAAGGACUCUCACUCUUCAGGACAAUCCUGGUCAAAACUUGAUUUCCAUUUCGGCCCAGGGAGGGGGGGAGGAGGGGGAGGAAGUCACACGAGACCGGUACUACGGCAAAAGAAGCUAAAGGAUCACUGCGCGAGCAGGAGUGUGGAGGCAAACGAAACUAAAAAAUAAAGACUGAAGACGAUCAGUGUGUGCCAAACGUACCUCAUCAAAUACCUGAAUGUAUUCACAGUGUAAACAUCAAAGAGUUACAGAGCAUUUUACAGGCCUGGGUCGCCCCUCGGUACUGCCUUUAGUACCUCCGUCCGGGGCAACUCUGUCCCCGGCCCUGUCUGGGGCCCUGGGAAAGGUGUCGUCUUUUUCUUCUUAGUUUCAGUUUUUAUUCCUAUGGAUUAGGACAAUGUGUCCAGGAGUGUGGGGAGAGGUUGUGGCCUUUUUUGUUUUGUCUGUUAAACAUUAUUUAUUUUGAUACUUAAUUUUAAGUUGCCUCAUGACGCUGUUGGCAAGCCAGAUAGUUACACUGUGUUCGCUGUCUUCAUGGUCCUCCACUUCCCUGUAUAAGAAUCAGAACCUAUUUAUAAUCCAGCCCCUUCCUGAGUUUGUUGAACAUUUAGUUGGCUCAAACUAAUAUCGAAUUAUUCUUCUGCUAUGCGGUGGUGGUCAAUUUUAAAGAAUAUUACAAGUUUUAUCUUUCAUUUUUUUGUAUCAUAGAGGGGCAAAUAACUGUACACAUUGGUCAAUAUUCUUUUUACCGGUAAGUCAAAUAAAGCAGUGUUCUCUAUUGGGAGAACCGGAAUCAGUGUUCUCAAUCAACAGAGGCAAUGGCCCACGAAGCUAUUCCCCCGCCCCCAGCACCUCUUCAGCAGAACAGAAUAUUGCACUACAUUCCAUAAGGAUUGGGUGAAUGCACUGGAUCAAGCCGUAUGCGAGAUGUAAUUAUCGACCGUCAGGAAAGUGAAUUAGUGCUGAAGCAACGGAUCAAAAGCAAACCAAUACCCAUAUUUUUUUAAUGUACAGAGGUAUGCAGUUUGUGUUCUUUCUGUAACUUGUAAUAAAGGCAUUGAGUUUCCUUUGUCACUUUGUGAA